UGGUUGGUUUUUUCCAACUAAUAACAGAAAUGAACUGAUUGUUUUUGGUGUAUAUAUAGAAAUAUCAAAUUUAUACAGCCAACUGUUCUCUGUCAGAUUUAGGAUUUUUGUGAGGGUUUUUGCAUUAGGGGUAAAGGGAAAAGCUUGCCUGUCGGUUGGCGAGUUCUUUGGGGUUUGGCGUGUCUAAUUGGCAUUCUAAGGUGAGUUGACUUCGUGGGACUUCAAUUCCAGGAGGUUCUAGCACUUUGGUUCCGGUAAAGUUCGAAAAACUCGUGGUUAGAUUCAAGGGUCUGAGGAAUUUCCAGGUAAUUCGAGCUCAAAAAGACUUGGAGUGAUGUUUCUGGCGGAUUAAAAAAAAAUGGGUUUUAUUGGGGUUUUUGGUUUUUUUUGCAUUUGAUUGAGUUAUUGGAUUCCAUUGCUGUGGGUAAAGAAAAGUUCUUGCUUUGAUUGAAUUUGAAGCUUAAGGUUCUGGUCUGUUUGAAUUUGAAGCUUGGGGUUCUGGGUAUAUAAGGAAGUUGAGAGUUUGAUUGAUUUCUCUUUUUUUCUCUGUGAUUUCGUGGAUAUUGGGGCGUUUGGGGGUUUAAGGUUCUUGCUUUGAUUGAAUUUGAAGCUUGGGGUUGAGAUAAAAGGGUUUUGCAAUUGAAAUCUUUGUUCUGGGUAUACAAGGAAACUGAGAGCUUGAUUGAUUUAUCUUUUCUCUCUGUGAUUUUGUGGGUAUUUGGGUAUUGGGGGGGUUUAAGAUUUGUGACUAAGAAUUGGGGAAUAAGGAUGGAUGAAGCUCAGGGUGGUUCGAAUUCGCUGCCUCCUUUCCUUACAAAGACGUAUGAGAUGGUGGAUGAUCCCUCCACGGACUCAGUUGUGUCAUGGAGCCCGAGUAAUAAGAGCUUUGUAGUGUGGAAUCCACCGGAUUUCGCAAGGGAUUUGCUGCCCAGGUUCUUCAAGCACAAUAACUUCUCCAGCUUCAUUAGACAGCUCAAUACAUAUGGGUUUAGAAAAGUUGAUCCGGAACAAUGGGAGUUUGCGAAUGAAGAAUUUAUAAGAGGUCAGCCACACCUUUUAAAAAACAUACACAGACGAAAACCUGUUCAUAGCCAUUCAUUGCCGAAUCAUCUACAAGGACAAGGAAAUGCAUCUCCUUUAAGUGAAUCCGAAAGACAGAGUUUGAAGGAGGAGAUUGAGAGGCUUAGACAUGAGAAAGAUCAGCUUCAUUUGGAGAUACAGAGACAUGAAGAGGACCGGCGAGGAUUUGAGCUGCAAGUCCAGUUCUUAAGGGAUCGUUUGCAGCAAAUAGAGCAGCGGCAGCAAGCUAUGAUGUCUUCUGUGGCUGGAGUCUUGCGGAAGCCGGGGCUUGCCUUGAAUCUUCUGACCCAAUUGGAAAAUCAUGAUAGAAAGAGAAGGUUGCCAAGAAUCGCUUGCCUCUAUGAUGAAGCCGGCUUUGAAGAUAAUCAGAUGGGAACUUCCCAAAUUGUACCUAGAGAAAGUGGGGCAACUACUUCUGCUUUGACAUCAAACAUGGAGCCCUUUGAGCAAUUGGAGUCAUCAUUGUCAUUUUGGGAGAAUAUUGUAAAUGAUAUUGGUCAAACUUACAGCAAAAAUUCCAACGGGGAAUUAGAUGAAUCUACAAGUUGUUCUGAUAGCCCGGGUGUAUCUUGCAUACAGCUUAGUGUUGACUGCCGGCCUAAAUCCCCUGGAAUUGACAUGAACUCUGAACCUGCUACAGCUGCUGCUCUGGAGCCUGUUGAGCCUGUUGCCUCUAAAGACCAAGCAGCUGGGACUUCUACUACUAUGCCAACUGGGGUCAACGAUGUAUUCUGGGAACAGUUCUUGACUGAGAACCCUGGUUCAUCAGACACUCAGGAAAUUCAGUCAGAAAGAAAGGAAUCAAUGGCAGAAAGAAUGAAACCAAACCUGGCGAUCAUGGCAAAUUUUAGUGGAAGAUAAGGAAUGUAAAUAACAUUGCUGAGCAGAUGGGGCAUCUUACUUCAGCUGAGAGAACUUGAUAUCAUUGGAUUCCUUUUCCCGGCUUUUGAUGCCCCAGUGGCUUACAUGUAAUAAAUUUAGAGUCCAGCUCAAUUUCAGUCAGAGUAGCAGACGCAGAACUCUUUCUGACCAGUAUUAGUCUCUUUCACAGAGCUCUGAAGGCCCCGCUGAAAAAGCUAAGGCUGUAAAAGUUUUUUGAAUAUCUGUUACCAUGUUGAUAGAAGGAUGGAAGCAUAUUUGGCACCUGAAAAUCUGGUUAGGUUAAUCAGAAUAGAUACUGCUGUUGUGCUCUUCACUGUUUUUUCUUUCUCUCUCUCUUUUUUUUUUUUUUUUUUUUUUUCCCAAUUAUGCAUUUUGAGAAAAUGUUAGGCAUAUGACUGAUCUUCAUCAAAGUUGUCAAGGAGUGAAUCUGCAGAGUGCAGACGAAGCUUUGUUCUUGAUGGUAUAUGUUAAUAUUAUUAUAUGAUUAAAAACAGACAACCCAUUCUGCCAGUGUCUUAAUAAUUUGCCUUUUCAUUGUUCAGAGCCUAAAGAGCCCAUGUCUAGGAGAAAGUAUUAUUUGUUGUAGUUACCAAAUUGCUGUUCUGGUUGAUAAUUGGAUUCAACGUUGGUCCCAACUGAAUUUAGGUUGGACAUGAAUAAUCAUCAAUUGAGGCUGGCAAUAUGCAUUAUUUUUCACCAUUGUAUCUUAAUCUAAAAUCGUAUUCUAUGCCACUGCCUUAUUUAACACAUCCUUCUUAACUAGACGUUAUUUUAGGCCUCUCUAUUGAUUCUUAAUCCUCCAACUUAAAAUGAAAUUAAUUGUCUCACGGGGAUAUUAACCUGUCUCAAACCAUCUUCACGGACACUUCCUCAUCUUUUUCUUAAUAGAAGUCACCCUUACUUUGAAUGAUGUUGAUUUCUUUUUCUUAAUAGAAGUCACCCUUACUUUGAAUGAUGUUGAUGUUGAUGUUUGAAGAUAUGCUCAAAAGUUGGUACAAACAAUGUGUGCUUGCUCUCCACUACAAAUUCCAUGAUUCGUAGAGAAAGCCAUCUCCAUCUCUGAACUCUACCCAGCACAUGCCUACAUGCUCAAAACCUAGCAAUUCUGACUCUCAGAUUGUCAUAUGCUCAUUCCAUUUUCGCUUGCACUGACAAACAAAUAUGUAAUUGAAACUAUGGCUCCUUUGAAGGGGCAGAGCAAAUUUCUUCCAGAUAUGUAUCUUGUAUACAAAGGCACAUUGUAGAAAUUCUUGCUUGGAGUUGCUUACACAUAAAAAUUC